AUGGGAGUCGAAAUAUCUUUGGAACCGCCCGUUUGUGCGAUUCAGGCCAACGGCGGCACUUCGAAGCACAAGAUGAUCAACCACACGGACCGCCACCUCGCCUACAAGGUACUUCGACUCUGUCUCCCGUCCUGACUCUCCGUUGCAGGUGAAAUCGUCGAACAACUCGAACUACAGCGUCAAUGUGAUCUUUGGAAUCCUGAAAGUUUGCGACGUCAAGGAGCUGGUGAUCACGAGAAAACCCGGAAAGCCGCAGGCGGACAAGCUGAUCAUCCAGUACUGUCAGGUGAACGACGAGAACGCCGAUCCGAAGCCGCUGUUCGCGAACGGAGUGCCGCCCGGAGAGCUCUCCGGAGAGACCAUCAUCAAGCUGUCGGCCGCCGAGUAA